AUGUUAUAUUGUUGUAAGACAAGGAACGAUUUUGAAAAAUUAUUAGCCAAGCACAUUUUGAUUCAUGCUUAUGGGAUAGAAAUGGUGAUUUUAUUAGUCAAAUCGCAAAUUAUUACAUUCAUUCUUGAAUUUCCAUAUAAUGAAUCAGAUGACUACAUUUUUUCUGAUCAGUUAAUAGAAAUCAUUAGAGGAUUAAUUUGUAUUAGGCAGACUCUUCAAGAAACUAUCAGUAUAGUAAUGGAUUUGGGAUUUUCACAAAAUUCUCAUAUUUUAAUUUGCCAUCGACAACCAUUUUAUUCCGAAGGCCAUAUAAUUGAUCUGCAAACCAAAAAAAAUAAUUAA